CGAAAGUGUAGGUGUAUCUGUUUCAGAGAAGACCAGACCAGUUUGAAUCAGUCAUCCACAGCCAAUGUCGCAAGAUUCGAAGGCCACUUAUGUGCAACUUUCAAAGCCGUAUUUCACUUCUCGUGAAAUAGAUGUCAUAACGAGAAAAAACGUAGACUUGAGUCAGAACAUACGAAAUUUCAAGUCCAAGACGAAGGAAACAUUCCAAAUUCUCACCACCUUGAUAAUAAAGCUGAAGCUCCCGAUCAGAGUUUUGCAGAACUCCAGCUAUUUCUAUCAAAAGUUCUAUCUUUUGAAUAACAACUACAAAAAAUACUCGAAUCUACAUUUUGAGGUGGGUCUAGCAGUCCUCUUCAUAUCGUUGAAAUUGAACGAUUACAUCAAAAAAGUCUCUGUGGUGAUCUCAGAAGCAUUCACACUGAAGGGAAACCAUCUGUCAAGUGCAGACAUUGAAGAAAACAAAAAGAUUAUCAUAAGCUUGGAACGUAAAAUAUUGGAAUUCCAAAGUUUCGACUUCAGAAACUUUCUUGUUGAGGACUUCCUUAUCAAAUUUUUGAAGUUCUUCAACGCAGAGAAGCAGGACAACGGUGAAGUUAACGCUAAUUUACACAACGGCGAUACCAAACAAGGAAACAAACUCACAAGCAAAAAAACAUUCUCCUACUUGAGUUGGUGCAUACUGAACGAUCUUUACUUAACUUCUUUGGUGCUCCAAUACCCAGCACAUUAUAAUGCAAUGGUGUCGAUCAAAUGUGCUUCCAUCAUAUACAACGAGCUCAUUAUAGAUGCCGAAAACUUGGACUUGAAUAGAAAGCCCAUCAACUGGGAUCUCAAAAAGCUAAUAGCAGGAAAUAAAAGUGAUUUGUUCAUCAUCAUGGGGUGCAAUCAAUUGUUAGAAUACUAUAUCGACAACAUCGGGAUCACCUUUCUCAAAACCUGUUUAGCCGAGCUAGACUUCAAAAUCGAAGAGAAAAAACUGGUAGACUUAUUACUUAACAUAAAAAUAGACCUUAACAGUAAGAUCCCGUCACAUCUAUCAUCCGACAAUACAGCAAACUCAGACGAUGACCUCUUUUUCCAUACUAGGGACACGGAUAUAGCCAAGAAUGGGUCAAUACGGUUCUUAUACAACAAGCAAAAGUUUACUGAUGAAGUCAGCAUGUACAACAAAUAGAACUUAUAGUUUUUAUUUCUCUAAUUAGGUUAAUUUGAUCUCUUUAUACCGCUCCGUUCUCAUUAUAUCGAGUAGCUUUAACUUAUUUAAUAUUUCGUGAAACCUUUCUGAGUCCUGUGAACUCUUCCUUAAAUUGAAAAGUCGCUUCAUUAAAUACACUUCUGUUAUCAAACACCAUUUAUUCUCAACUCCAUUAUCAUCGAAUUCAACCUCAUUCAACUCUUCAACAUCGCCACUCAAUUUUUCUAGAAGUUUCAAGACCUCUUCCGUACUUGUUAGCUCAUCUAUGAAAUAAUCGCUUAUCAACCAUUUCAAGUAAAACCAGACUGAAGAAUCUUCUGGAUCUGUAUAUAUAGCUGUUUUUAC